AUGGAGCAGGACAUACGACUUCAGAUCAAGACCGACCUGCUCACCUGUCCUCUGUGCAGACGUCCUUACGUCAAGCCGCGCACCUUGCCGUGCCACCACACCUUCUGCGAGACGUGCGUCGCCAGGUGUGCCGGGAACUACCUGACGUUCCCCUGCCCGUCCUGCCGCCGUGACGCCGCCGUCCCCGUCAGCGGGGUGCCCGGCUUUCCCGAGGACGUGUUCCUCAGCAGACUGUCCUUCAAGAUCAGGACCAUAGAGGAGCCUUACGUCACGCCGUUCGUCAUCAACGAAUGUCUGACUCACCAGAGGCAAGCCAUAAGGUUUUACUGCCAGACGUGUGAGAAGCCGCUGUGCCGGGAGUGUCCCAGGGGGAACCACAACUCCCACAAGGUGUGUCACAUAGAAGAGCAGAUAGAGAGGAUGAAGGAACGAGUCGGCACCGCCCUGUCCGACCAGCGGCAGAGGUCUGCUACAGCCGUCACCAGUCUACAGGCGGUCAGAGACUCCAUCACCGAGAUCCUGCCGCAGAAACAAGCCAUGGAACGUCACAUCGAAGCGCUGGUGCACGAACGGGUACAGGCCGUCUUUUUGGAGGGAGAGGCGCUGCAAAAAGAACUGGACUCACUCUGCGAUAGUCACCUAUCUGACAUGACCGAGAAAAAGAAGGACUUGGAAAGCACGGUGGAAACUCUGCUGACGUUUGACGUUGAAGCGGAGAGAGAGCUGGCUCGAGGCGGGUUGGUGGACGUCAACCGGCACGGAGAAAUAUCAGAGAAGCUUAAAAUAAUGUACGAGACCAUGAACAGGCCUCUCAAGAAAACUCAGGGGCUUCAGGCGACUUUCGUACCCAUAACUAUCGCUUCGGAUCGGUUGGUGGGAUACUUUGAAGGAGGAGGGCGACCAGUUCACGGAAUAAACCGCCCUAAAAUCACAACGCAGUCUGCAAGAGUUGUUUCACAUAUGAAAGAACAAACGUUUCAGUUUGGGUCCUUUUCUCAGAACGGCCACGAUACAGGGUCUUCAGUGAAGGAUGACUGGGAAAAGGUAGAACUUCGCACCAAAGCUGGUAGUCAACACGCGGGUGGAAUAAGGGCGGGGACUUUCGGAGGUGUCACAAACCGCCCAGCCUCGGCGAGGUACAGUGACGAGAAGGCAGCGGAAGGCUCCUGGGCUCCCGACCACAGAUUUAAUAGGUUCUCCCUUCGUGAAACACAAAGUGAGAAUGCAAAGUCUGUGCCCUACAUGAGAAGGCAAGUGAGUGAGCCUGUCAGCCCUGCACACCAAUCGUACACAACGAGAGGACAUACACAGCAAUCAGAGCCAGCUCAAAGGUCUACACAGCAAUCUGGACCAGCUAUAAGGUCUACACAACCAUACGUAGAUACCAGGACUGCACAGCAGUCAGAUACAGUUACAAUGCCUACACAGCAAUCCAGGGCAGCUACCAGGCCUACCCAGCAAUCAACGACAGCUCACGGAUCUACACAGCAACCAGAAACAGCCACCAACCUUACAUCGCUGACAGGGGCAUCUGCCAGCAACCAGACAAGUAUGAGAAGGCAGAUGAGUGAACCUGCCAGGUCUACAGUGCAACCAUACAUAACAAAUGGAGCUACACAGGAAUCAAACAUAGCUCCCUUACAGCAAUCAGAGAGAGCUGAUUGGCCCACACAAGUAUCGGGGACAGCUCACGGGCCCACACAACAAUCAGAGACAGCUCACAGACUCACAGAACAAUCGGAAACAGCUCACAGGCCCUCACAACAAUCAGAAACAGUUCACGGGCCCACACAACAAUCGGAGACAGCUCACAGGCCCACACAACAAUCGGAGACAGUUCACGGUCCCACUGAACAAUCGGAGACAGCUCAUAGGCCCACACAGCCAUCAGAGACAGCUCACAGGCACACACAACAAUCGGGAACAGCUCACAGGCCCACAGAACAAUCGGAGACAGCUCACAGGCACACACAACAAUCGGGAACAGCCCACAGGCCCUCACAACAGUCGGAGAUAGCUCACAGGCUCACACAGCAAUCAGAGAUAGCCCACAGGCCCACACAGCAAUCAGGGACAGCCCACAGGCCCACACAGCAAUCAGACAUAGCUUUCAGAUCUACAGAACCGUUAGAGACCGCAAGGGUACACACACAUAAAUCAGCUGACAUAGCUCACGGAAGGCCUGCACAGCAAUCCGACGAUGGCUCCGAUCAGAACUUUGUUCGGUGGAAAACAAUUCGCAUCACCUCUAAGGAAAAAGUGUCCAAAGUUCUGGAGUUCCCAUCUGACGAAGAUUCAUCUGAGGAGAUUUUUCUGUAA